AUGCGUUCGAGAAUGAUCUCAUCUAGCUUUCUGUGGGAAUGCUUGCAUUACCUUACCGCGGUGAAGAAACCUGUCGUAUACACACACCGUAGUGGCAGAAGGGUAAAGGAGAAAAUUGCCGCUAUGCUAGAGAAGAAGAAACUGCUGGGUGACGGUCAAUCUGAACAAGGAAAAUUCGUAUUAAAAACGCCAAAAGGGACAAGAGAUUAUGGGCCGAAGUCAAUGGCGAUACGGGAAGCUGUCUUGAAAGUGGUUACAGACACUUUUAAGAGACACGGAGCUGAGACGAUUGAUACUCCCGUGUUUGAGCUAAGAGAGGUUCUAAUGGGAAAGUAUGGCGAGGAGGGCGGCAAGCUCGUCUACGAUCUGCAGGAUCAAGGAGGGGAGUUGCUAUCACUGCGAUAUGACUUGACGGUACCAUUUGCUCGAUACCUGGCUAUGAACAAAAUAUCGAAUAUCAAGCGGUACCAUAUCGCAAAAGUGUACCGGAGAGACCAACCUGUUAUGACAAGAGGGCGCUAUAGAGAGUUCUUCCAAUGUGAUUUCGAUAUCGCUGGGCAAUACGAUUUGAUGAUUCCAGAGGCAGAGUGCCUGAAAAUAGUGGACGAGGUGCUCUCUAAACUAGAAAUUGGUGAAUACUCUGUUAAGGUGGAAGAAGAACUUCUAAAAGAAAAAGGCCUAACGAAGGAAAACACCGAGAAGCUGGGACAGUAUGUUACUCUGCGAGAAACUAAUCCAUCGUUGGGUAGUGCUGAGCUUUUGGAUAAAUUAAUGGAAUUUGGAGAGCUAGAAAAGAAUUUACGGUUUAAACAAGGAGUGGAAGAGUUAAGGGUGCUACUACGUUACUGCUCUUUGUUCGGCAUAAGCUCAAUCGUUUUUGAUCCAUCAUUAGCAAGGGGAUUGGAUUACUAUACCGGAGCAAUUUACGAAGCAAUAGCUCCAAAUGCUCUUAAAGGUCUUAACCUUGAAGAAAAUGGAGAGUCAGAAGAAAGUCUGCCCGUUGGUGUGGGAUCCGUGGCAGCUGGAGGAAGGUGCAGAUCUAUUUCUGGUUCAUUUUCCAGCUGUUUGGUUUUCAUCCAUUUUUCUACUUUUCAGCUUGCCCUUAAAUGUAGAUUAUUACAGGUUAUUUCUUGUAGAUAUGAUGAAUUAGUCGGCAAUUUCAUAGCGCCAAUGAGCGCUAAAGGUAAAGAGAAGCGUCACGACGUUCCAUGUGUUGGUCUGUCCUUUGGAAUUGAGCGAUUGUUCGCUAUUAUAGAAGCUAAAAACCAGGUUGAGCAAUUGCAAGUGCGCACCUCCGAAACUGAGAUAUUCAUUGCUUCUGCUCAAAAGAAUCUGUUGGAGGAGCGUAUGAAGCUCUGUGGUUCAUUGUGGGAUGAAGGUUUUAAGGUGGAGAUGUCUUACAAAGCAAAUCCUAAAUUGCUCAAUCAACUUCAAUAUUGUGAAGACAGACUUAUACCUUUAGCAUUGAUCGUAGGAGAACGUGAGCUCCAAGACGGUGUAGUUAAACUCCGGAACGUGAAAACGAGAGUUGAGCAGGUAAGAGGAGAGAGAUUCUACGGCUAUCUUUCUUUGGCAUAUUUGCUAGUUUAUGUCUCGUAUGCUCAGCUUCUACUAACUCUUUAA